AUGGAGGAGGAGGAAGCGAGGGCGCUGCUGCCAGGCGGCCCCGACGAGGCUGGCAGAGGUGCCCCUGCUACCCACCCUGCCCCUGGGGUGCUGCCAGCCCUCUGCGACCCCAGUCGCCUGGCGCACCGGCUUGUGGUGCUGUGGCUGAUGUGCUUCCUUGGUUUCGGCAGCUAUUUUUGCUAUGAUAAUCCUGCUGCCCUUCAGACUCAGGUUAAAUGGGAUAUGCAGGUGAAUACCACAAAAUUUAUGCUGCUGUAGGCCUGGUAUUCUUGGCCCAAUGUAGUUUUGUGUUUCUUUGGUGGCUUUUUGAUAGACCGAGUAUUUGGAGUACGAUGGGGCACCAUUAUUUUUAGUUGCUUUGUUUGCAUUGGACAGGUUGUUUUGGCUCUGGGUGGGAUAUUUAAUGCUUUUUGGCUGAUGGAAUUUGGAAGGUUUGUGUUUGGGAUUGGUGGGGAGUCCUUAGCAGUUGCCCAGAAUACAUAUGCUGUGAGUUGGUUUAAAGGCACAGAAUUAAACUUGGUGUUUAGACUCCAACUUAGCAUGGCGAGAAUUGGAAGUACAGUAAACAUGAACCUCAUGGGAUGGCUAUAUUCUAAGGUUGAAGCUUCACUGGGUUCUGCUGGUCACACAACCCUUGGGGUCACACUUAUGAUCAGGGGUAUUAUAACAUGUAUUCUUUCACUAGUCUGUACCUUGGCCCUUGCUUACUUGGAUCAAAUUGUAGAACAAAUCCUUCAUAAACAGCAAGGAAAAACAGGUGAAUUUAUCAAGCUAACGGAUGUGAAGGACUUCUCUUUACCCCUGCGGCUCAUAUUCAUCAUCUGUGCCUCCUAUUAUGUUGCCGUGUUCCCUUUCAUUGGACCUGGGAGAGUUUUCUUUACAGAGAAAUUUGGAUUUUCCUCCCAGGCAGCGAGUGCUAUUAACAGUAUUGUAUAUGUAAUAUCAGCUCCCAUGUCCCCAAUAUGUGGGCUCCUGGUGGAUAAAACAGGAAGGACCAUCAUCUGGGUUCUGUGUGCAGUGGUGACCACUCUCGCCUCCCACGUGAUGCUGGCCUUCACGCCAUGGAACCCUUGGAUUGCUAUGUGUCUCCUGGGACUCGCCUACUCAUUGCUCGCCUGUGCAUUGUGGCCAGUGGUGGCAUUGGUGGUUCCUGAACAUCAGCUGGGAACUGCAUACGGCUUCACGCAGUCCAUUCAGAAUCUUGGGUUGGCGGUCAUUUCCAUCAUUGCUGGCACGAUACUGGCUACUAGGGGAUAUCUGUUUUUAGGAGUUUUCUUCAUUGCCUGUGUUUCUUUGUCACUUUUAUCUGUGGUCUUACUCUACUUGGUGAAUCGUGCCCAAGGUGGGAACCUAAAUUAUUCUGCAAGACAAAGGGAAGAAAUAAAACUUUCUCGUGCAGAACGAGAAGUUUAAAUGACUGUCAUGAGAAUGGGCUGCACAUAUCAUUGGUUUGAAAACCUCCAAUUUUUUUUUUUUUAAGUUAGAGUUUAGUUGUUAGGAAAAAUAAUGGUCUGGAGAAUUAUUAUAUUUAUAUUUUGAAUACACCUAUUUUCAAGUAUAAUCGUGAGAAUUAUUUUAGCCUGUGUCUUUUGUAUUGCUGAAGAAUUCUGCUUUGGAGCAGGCUCAUCAAUGGUGAAGUUUAGAAAAUUGCACGUGGUACAUGCAGGUGAUGUCCUUACUUUUGAGUAAGGAUAGCAAAAAAUGGAAAUCUUUGGAUCUUGUAUUGAGAUAAUUUUCACAAAGUGUAAU